UGGGUGAUCCCGAGGCUCCGCGCGCUUUGGGGGCAGAAACCCGGAGACACCGUCGUCUAUGUGGUUCCCGCUGGCGUUUCUGUUGCCCUCGGCCCCCUCAGCUGUCCCCCAGUUGGUGGUCCUGAGUCGGCUCUCCCGCCGAGCCCCGUGCAGUGCCGCGACAUCCCCCGGUAUUGGCGAGGCUGGGCCCCGGCCCCGACGCCGCGCGCGUCACGCCUAGACCAACUGUUUGGACUCGCCACUCAACCGCUGUCUUCUUUCCCAGGACUGCUUCUCGGGGGGCCUCGGGCUUGCGAGCUCUCCCGGCGCCGGAGCGCUCCGGCCCGGCCAGGGAGCGGCCCCUUGUAGAGGUCCGAGGAGCUAUCGCGGUCCAUCCCGGCGCCCGACCCUCCCACCGUUCGGCCACUGGCCCACUUCUUCCUGAUGCAGACUGCCGUCCACUAGAGGCUGGACAGGACCCCCGAGUGUCCAGGUUAUGGAUUGAGAACAAGUUGCUUUUGUUUCACGUGUUCAUUUGUGAUUCAUGGCAGGGGACGUGGAAGGAUUCUGUUCCUCCAUCCAUGACACCAGUGUCUCUGCUGGGUUCAGAGCGCUGUAUGAGGAGGGAUUGCUUCUCGAUGUCACUCUGGUUAUUGAAGACCAUCAGUUCCAGGCCCAUAAAGCUCUCUUGGCCACCCAGAGUGAUUACUUCAGAAUUAUGUUCACAGCAGACAUGAGGGAACGAGAUCAGGACAAAAUUCAUUUGAAAGGUCUAACAGCUACUGGUUUCAGUCACGUUCUUCAGUUUAUGUAUUAUGGAACUAUAGAACUAAGUAUGAACACUGUACAUGAAAUCCUUCAGGCAGCAAUGUAUGUUCAGCUUAUAGAAGUGGUGAAAUUCUGCUGCUCCUUUCUCUUAGCCAAAAUCUGCUUAGAAAAUUGUGCGGAAAUUAUGAGACUGUUAGAUGAUUUCGGUGUUAACAUUGAGGGAGUCAGGGAGAAGCUGGAUGCCUUCCUGCUAGACAACUUUGUGCCACUAAUGUCCAGGCCUGACUUUUUGUCUUAUCUGAGCUUCGAGAAGCUCAUGUCUUAUUUGGAUAAUGACCAUCUGAGCAGGUUUCCAGAAAUUGAGCUGUACGAGGCUGUGCAGUCUUGGCUGCGACAUGAUAGACGACGGUGGAGACACACAGAUACCAUCAUUCAGAACAUCAGGUUUUGUCUGAUGACUCCAUCCAGCGUUUUUGAGAAGGUUAAAACAUCAGAAUUUUAUAGAUACUCCCGGCAGCUCCGAUAUGAAGUUGACCAAGCAUUGAAUUACUUCCAAAAUGUUCACCAGCAGCCCUUGUUGGACAUGAAAUCAAGCCGUAUUCGUUCUGCCAAACCCCAGACUACAGUAUUCCGAGGAAUGAUUGGACAUAGCAUGGUUAAUAGCAAAAUACUUCUGUUAAAAAAACCAAGAGUCUGGUGGGAACUGGAGGGCCCCCAAGUACCUCUAAGGCCAGACUGCCUUGCUAUUGUCAAUAAUUUUGUAUUCCUGCUAGGUGGAGAAGAACUAGGCCCUGAUGGUGAAUUCCAUGCCUCUUCGAAAGUGUUCAGGUAUGAUCCAAGACAAAAUUCUUGGCUGCGUAUGGCAGACAUGUCUGUACCCCGUUCAGAAUUUGCUGUUGGUGUUAUUGGAAAGUUUAUUUAUGCUGUAGCAGGCAGAACAAGAGAUGAAACUUUCUACUCAACAGAAAGAUAUGAUAUCACUAAUGAUAAAUGGGAAUUUGUAGAUCCUUAUCCAGUUAACAAAUACGGACAUGAGGGGACAGUGCUCAAUAACAAGUUGUUUAUCACUGGAGGAAUUACUUCAUCUUCCACAUCUAAACAGGUGUGUGUGUUUGACCCCAGUAAAGAAGGGACUAUAGAACAGCGGACCAGGAGAACUCAAGUAGUCACCAACUGCUGGGAGAAUAAGAGCAAGAUGAAUUAUGCCAGAUGUUUUCACAAGAUGAUCUCUUACAACGGCAAGCUUUAUGUCUUUGGUGGUGUCUGUGUGAUCUUGAGGGCCUCUUUUGAAUCUCAGGGCUGCCCUUCCACAGAGGUGUACAACCCAGAUACCGAUCAGUGGACCAUCUUGGCCUCCAUGCCAAUUGGUAGAAGUGGUCAUGGUGUGACUGUGCUGGACAAACAGAUAAUGGUCCUUGGAGGCCUUUGUUAUAAUGGUCAUUACAGUGAUUCCAUUCUCACCUUUGAUCCAGAUGAAAAUAAGUGGAAAGAAGAUGAGUACCCUCGGAUGCCCUGCAAGCUGGAUGGUUUACAGGUGUGCAACCUUCAUUUUCCGGACUAUGUACUGGAUGAGGUUAGGCGUUGCAACUGAUGACAUCUUUCUCCCUAAAAAGGAAAAGGCAAAUAAAGCAUUUGUGAUACAGUAGUUUAAAAGCAUAAAGAAAAACCUCACCAGUUUUACUAUCAAAGCCAUUGGUCUAAUAUUGUAAGUUUUCAUUCUGUGCUAGCAUCUUUCUUUUCCUUUCAGUGGCCUCAGAUUCAUGCAAUAAGUUCAUUUGAAGCACUAGCUCUUGAAACUACUUCCAAAAGCAGUUUAUACACUGCUCCACUUACCUGGGAAGUUGAUUUUCUGCUUUAAACACUUCUUUCAGAUGUUAGUGUAGGAUUUGUGCAUCGUCUAAGAGAAGACCCAGUAAGUGUCACUGGAUAUGAUUUCAGUCCCUCUAUUUGAACUCUUUGGAAAUUAUUUUAGUCUGCUAUAUGUUUUGGUUUAUUAUUUAAAAGUUUAAAACUCUUGACCUUUUUGCAUGGCUUUUUGCUGAAAAUGCAAAAAUUUAAAUUUUCUACAAAGUUUUUUCUAUCAGAACACUAUUUCUAAGCUGCCUUCUCUUAUGUGCAUUGCGUUAGUGAAAGCAUACCCACACUCAUAUACAUCCGAUAAAUAUAUAAGGCACACUCCUUUUAUGCGUGGUUACGAUUCUAUAUUUUUAAGCUAGUGCACUUGCACAGACAGUUCGCCAUACUUGUUGAAAUUUAGAUGUAAUGUCUUUAAUGUAUUACUGUUUUUAGAAAGUUAAAAUAACUGGAGUCCUCAUUUGGUAUCAAAGUAGUCUAUUGUCAGUCCAUACUGGUUCAGUAAAAUUUGAACUCAUAGUUCUGAAACAUGUAUGGCUUUACAAAAACUGUUUGGCAUUUUGUUUUCAAAACUAAACAUUAAUAUUUCAUGUCGAUGUAUGCUUUUUCUUGUUUAAAAAUGUUUUUCUUUGCAGUCCAUUUAAUGUUGAUUGCUCUGUUUUAAUAAGACUCGGAGUGGUCCGUGUCAAGCUCUGACCCUGCAUCAUGCACGCACUUUUAAAGAAAAAUUAGGUAAUACCACACUCCUAAGUAAAAGCCCUGAAAAGGAAGUGCGGCUCCCAUUGUUUCUCUCCAGGCUGCUGCAGGUGUUGAGUGUGGGCCAGCAACUCUUCCAGUGUGAGCUCAGCUUUGACUGAGAGGUAAGGAAUGAGUUGUACUGUGUUACUCAUUCCUUACCUCACCGUCAAAGGAACUGACUUUGGGUGUAACUGCUUGUUCAGUUUGUACAAAAAUAGUCUUUGGCACUAGAGAGAUGUCAACCCUCAAUGUGGGUUUUUGAUUUUUGUUUUUGUUUUUGUUUUUGUUUUUUUUUUAAGUUUUUGGAAGCUACUAGCAUGAAGGAUAGUCACCAGAAAGUUUGGAAUGAGUCUCAAAUAGUUGUUUUAAAGGCGUUUAUAAUAAUAAAUGGUUUAGGAUUAGCUGUACACUUCAACUCUUUAAAUGCGAAGGAAGGAAAUAUAGCUGAAAAAAAUUAAACAAGAAUGAUCUGUAAGUGGAUCAUUGAAAUUGAUGUGCUUGACGGCCCUUUCUCGUGAGUAGUCUGUGUGUGAGGAAAGCUAACCCUGGCAUAGCUUGCCAGAUCUCUGAUUUUGGUGCAAUAUUGCAAUGCCUUCUAUAUGGCUGCUAUUGUAUAAAUUUUUCUAGUUACUUUGUUUUGUUUUAUUUUUGCUGCUGGCACCAUUGACUAUAGAAUGGAAGUGUGAAAUGAUAGAAAUGUGAAGAUUUUGGUUUCUUCUUCUCCCCCUCUUUCCACACUGCAGUUCAUAGUGUGAGCAAAGCCUGAUUUUCAAAACUGUAAAACCAGAGCAGAGGUGUUAGAGUUUUAGAAAGUGUCAGGUAUACAAGUAGCUUUUAAAAAGGAAAACCUUUUCUUCCCUUCAGGAAUCAAAAUAAUGACUUCUUUUACAUAUGAUUCUUCCAUUUUUCAUUAGGUGGCCUUUCAUUUAUUUCUGAUUUCUGAAAAUAAAAUUUGUUAUUUGAGUUUCCCUUAGAAUGUGUGUAAAAUUUUUUUAUUUUAAAAAUACGUUUAUUUUGCUUUUGGAAACUAUAAAUUAGGUUAGCCACCUUGUUUUCUAAUAUACUUAGUAGUUUAUAUGUGUUGCUUUAAAUAAAAUAAUAUCUUCAUUAUUUGCCUUGAUAUCUUUUGCUGGAAACGACCAAGAAGAGACCAUGAGACAGGGUACCCGUAUCAAAGGCUUUAUAUUCCAGGGGCAGUUCUCUGUAAUUGCUUUGUUACAACUUCAUAGUCCUGUGUAGGUUAACAUCUACACAAACAAUUGAAUAUUCUUGCUCUUCCAUUUUGAAGAUACAAGGCCAAGGUCAACGAUUGUUUCAGAAAAUUCAUGAAAUCUUAACUUGAACUAAUUCUGGGUUCAGCUUCAAGUAAGUCAUGUCUGACUAUAACCUUAGCAGUAAUCAGUUUUGAGCUUUAAGACUAGUUGCUAUUGCUUGGGUUCAGAAUGUAUGAGGAAACUGUAGUUCUAAUUUAGAUUAUAAAUCCACAAAUAACUUUACAUUCCCUUUUAAAAUUAUGGUUUAAUAGCUGCAAGAGAUUUAUUUUUGUUAUACUAAACUAUGGAGAAUUUCUCAUAGAGUGUUUUCAAGCUUUUCUGUGUUUCAUUUGGAACUACUUUGUCUGUAUGCAUUGUAUAUGACCAAGGUUGUCAUUCUGGAAAAACUCAGUAAGUGGUUUGAAACUAUAUGGUUUAACUGUUGGGAUCUUUAAACUGUCAUCCUUUAUUUCACAUUUUAAAAACUAGACUUCACAAAAAGUAGCUGAUUUUUUAAAAUGGUAUUUUACCUGGCACCACUUAUUAUUAAUUUUUUUUUACAUGUCUUUGACCUUCCAAGUUUUGAUGUUAAAGAAAAUCCUUGCACUACAGGCUUUUCAUAAAAUACAAGAUUCUCACAUUGAAGGUUUUGUAUUGGAAGAAAUGCUACUGGUUUCUAAAAGACAAAGAAUUAUAGAAUGCUUAGCGUUUCUUGAUAGCUUUUCCUGUGUCGUCCUCAUUGCUUUGCUUUGUGUGUUACUCUAAUUAUGAAUACUUACUGAGCCCUUCACAUAUCUUUUUUAAAGCAGCACCUUUGGACACCUCAUUCUGGGAAGCUUGCUUGAAUCACAGUAAAGAACACACACACUUGUGUGGGAAGAAGUAAAAUGGAGAGUUUUGUCUUAAUUACAUGAAACUAAGCUUUAAAAUAUUUUAUAACAAAUUAUUUGAGCUGCAUAAUCUAAACAUGUCAAACGUUUUGUGGGACUAUUUUUAUAUAUGUAUAUGUGGGUGUAGGUUAUAACAUUUCAGUUUAUAAUAUAAAUUGUUAUUUCAGUUUAUAAGCUAUCUCUCAAAAGAGACUAGCUCUUUUGAGAAUACAUAAUUUAAAGUUUUAGACUGAAGUAAAACAACAUAGACAAUAGUGUAAAUUAGAAAUAUUGGAGGGCUAUAGAGCAGUGAAACUGCUAGUGCCAGUUUUCUUGUUUGUCUACCAUGUUUUCAGUUCUUGUUUUGUUUUGUUUUUGUAUUUUAAACAUUUUGACUGCUCACACAUUUGUUUAAUUACAUUUAGAGUUGGUUUGGGAAUAAAUAUCUUCUAAAAAGAGAUUUAUCUUAAAAAAUAAAUCCCCCUCUAGUUAGUUUCUAAGAGUUUAUUACUUCAAAUACCCUAUAGGCAUAGACAGGAAUAGAUCAUUCAUGGGAAUCCCAUCCUUUCCUUGUAUCGGUAUAACUCCCACUAUUAUAUUAGAAGCCUUGAGAACGCCAGCAGUUCUGUUCCAUCCUAAAAUAUAUUUGGGCUUUCUUUUGACUUCUUUGGGAACAGCUGCAUUAAAAGUUACUAAUCAGUAUAUCAUUAAGGACUGGGUGUUUACUUUUUGAAGGAAUGUUCUGAAGAGGUGACCAGAAAGGUUCUCUUUUCUUUCUGUUUCUUUUCUUUUCCUUUCUUUUCUUCUUUUCCUUUCUUUUCUUUUAACCUAACUUGUAUAUGCCCUAUGCUCUUGGGCAUACUUUGUCGAUAGAAAAAUAUUUUGACCUUUAGGUACCUUUGGGGCCAGUAGUCAAAUAAUCCUAGGGCCGAUAUUAAAGUCUUAGAAUGAUUUAAGGUUUGCCUUUUAUACAUGUUUUGAAAGCCUUUACAUUUUUUGUCAGGUAAUUUUUUUUCCCAAGCCGUGGAUAUAAUCUAUUCAACAUGUUUAUGCUAUCCAUUCUGUUUUUAAAUUGAAAAAAAGUUAAAAGUGUUUAUGAAGAAAAGUUUAAAUAAAAUAUUUUUA